GGCUUUUAUCGAUAUGGUGUUCAGGGUGCCAUUGGUUUUGUUUAUGUGUAGUGGCUGUUAUUUUUGUUCAUUAUGUGACGAAAUGAAGUGUAAACACUGUUUACAACUUGUUUUUAAAAUGAACGAUGCAUUUUUUAAGUAAAGGCGAGCGGAAAAAAAGGUAAUUAAUAUUAAACAAGUUUUUUGAGAAUUAAGAUUCUCUUGCUCCAUUGUUUAUUGUGUAUCGCGGAUUUCGCGAAAAAGAUAUUUGUUCUUUAAUGUUUGCCCAUGUGUUCCAAGACUAUGGUAAUUGGUUUAUUUUUCGCAAAAUACAUUUAAAAAAGAAAAUAUCACGAUGGAACAUAAUUUUUUACCUUCGGAUCUUCCGACCCAAGUACCUAGCUUGGCUGCCGCUAUUGCGAUGAGCUCUUGUGCUUACGCAUAUAGCAUUUUCAGUGAUCAUCCGAUGAUGGAUAAACCUCCCAUGCUCUCUAUUCCAAGCAGUACAGCACGCACAGAAGGUGAAGUUCCGAAUCAAAAUUCUUAUUUAACUACAGCUCCAUCGAAUGGAAACAUCACUCGUGUCAAUCAAGGAUCAUUGAUUGGCCCAUCUGACAGAGAAGACGGAAAAAAAGCGAAAAUAUUUCCCUGCGAGGUGUGCGGGAAAAAAUUUUCACAAAAAGGUAAUUUAAAAAAUCAUAUGUUUUGCCAUUCAAAAAUUAAGCCAUAUAAUUGUGAGGUUUGUGGGAAAGGUUUUACCCAGAAAUCAACAAUGGAUUAUCAUCGAAGUAUCCAUCAAGGUUUGAAACCGUUUAGUUGUGAAAUGUGUGGAAAAAGUUUUACUCAGAAAGGUAAUCUUAAAACGCACCUUAUAUCCCACUCGGGUACUAAGCCAUACUCAUGUGAAAUAUGUGGUAGAGGCUUUGCCCAAAGGGGAAACAUGAAGACCCACUUACGUACUCAUUAUGGUGAAAAACCAUUUGAGUGUGAAGUAUGUGGGAAGCGUUUCACUUUAAAGGGAAAUUUAAAUACUCAUAUUUUAUCACAUAAAGGUAUCAAACCAUUUUCUUGUGAGAUUUGUGGGAAGACUUUUGCUCAGAAAUUAAGUAUGGAAUAUCAUAUGAAUAGUCAUACUGGUAAUAAGCCAUACAAAUGUGCAGUUUGUGGUAAAUGUUUCACUCAGAAAGGUAAUAUGAAGACUCAUAUGAGAUCUCAUAGUGGUGAGAAACAUCAUGCAUGCCAAAUUUGUGGUAAAUGUUUCACUCAGAAAGGUAAUAUGAAAACUCAUAUGAAGUUACAUUGCCGUCCACCAGAUGUGGAUAAGCCUUAUCAGUGUGGAAUUUGUUGUAAAUCUUUUGUUACACGAUCUAGUUUAGAGUGUCAUAUGGCUAAUCAUGUAAAUAGAGGAAUUACAGGCCCAAAUAAAGCUGGUAUUGCUGCUACGCAUGCCCCUACAACUUUGUCUGUUAAUCGUCGUGGUAGACCCCCUAAUGAUUUAUCCCUCAAACAACUCAAUGAACAUUUAGCUAAACAAGCCGCCAAUGAUUUGUCUAUGAGACAAAUGAAUGAUGCUGGAAUUUAUAAGCAGGAAAUAAUUGAACCUGGAAAUAAGCAAUUAAAUGAACAUUCUGUUAGGCAGAUGAAUGAUGCAAUGUGUAAAACAGAAAAUCCUGUUUCUCUGAGAACUAUUAAUGAUCAUUUAUUAAAAGCUGGAAAUUCAUCUUUCAACAAACCUAAUGAUCCAUUUGGUAAACAAGGAAAUGAACUUUUAGGGAGAGCCUUAAAUGAUCAUUUUGGUAGAUCUGGAAAUGAAGCAUUAUAUCGAUCCUUACAUGAACAUAUGGGAAGACCUGGUCAUGAUUUUUUGAGUAGAUCAUUGAAUGGACACUUAGGUAGAUUAGGCAAUGAAACUUUAAAUAGGCAUGUAAAUGAGCAUCUAGAGAGAUCAUUAAGUGGCCAAUUAGGAAGAUUAAGUAAUAAUUACUUAGCUGGUCCUAGCAGUGAACCAAGAUUAAAUACUGAUCCAUUAUUAAGGCCAAAUGAGCAAAUGAGAAGACAUCUUAAUGAGCAAAUGCUGAGACCAGGUAGUGAUCAUAUGGGUAGGCCAAAUAAUGAUCAUUUAAACCGCUCUGAGAAUGACCAUAUUGGAAGGCCAAAUAAUGAACAUUUGGGUCGCCAAAAUAAUGAUCCUAUGGGCAGACCGAAUAAUGAUCAUUUAGGUAGACCUGGCACAGAUCUUAUGGGAAGACCCAGUAAUGAGCAUAUGAACAGACCUGGUAGUGAUCAUAUGGUUAGACCAAACAGUGUUGAUCACCUUAGCAGAGGUGGUAAUGAACAUAUGGGUAGACCUAACAGUGUUGAUCAUAUGAAUAGACCUAAUAAUGAUCAUAUGGGAAGGCCAAAUAGUGUUGACCAUUUAAGUAGACCAAGUAGUGAACAUAUGAUAAGACAAAGUAAUGAGCAUGCAGGCCGACAAAACAAUGAUCAUAUGGGUAGAUCAAACAAUGAGCAUUUGGGAAGACCUAAUGGUGAGCAUUUAUCUAGACCUGGUGGUGAUCAUUUAUCUAGACCUGGUGGUGAUCAUUUAGGAAGAUUAGGUAGUGAACAACAAAUAGGUCGACCAUCUCAUUUGGAUGAUCAUAUGGGACAUCCUUCUGAACAUAUGGUGCAGGCAAAUAGUGAUCAUAUGAGCCAGGCAAGUAAUGAUCAUUUAGGCAGCUUAAAUAAUGAUCACAUUGUGAAUGAUAUGAGCAGACCUACAAAUGAGCUAAUGGGUAGACCUACUAAUGAUCAUUUAAGCCAAUCCACUAAUGAUCACAUUGGGAGGUCUAACAAUGAACAUUUGUCAAAUAGGGCUGGGAAUGAUCAUUUAGGUAGACUUAAUCAUGAACAUAUUAAUAAACCUCCAAAUGAAAUGAUGGUGAGUCCCAGUCAUGAUCAUUUUGGAAAUUCUCGAAAUGAACAUUUUGAUAGAGUUAAUAAUGAUCACAUAGAUUCUGCUGCAAAUGAGCACAUGACAAAUGUAAAUAAGGAUCAUUUUUCUAGGCCUGGCCCUGAUCAUCACAAUAGGAAUGAGCUGUUGAGUAGUCCUCAUAGUGAGCACUUAGUAAGACCUAGUAGUGCACAUAUUGGAAUGGCAGAUAAUGACCAUGUUUGCAGUAAUGGUAGUGAUCAUCUUGAUCGACCUUCUCGUAAUCCUUCUGUUGAUCCCACUGUUAAUGAAAAUAUGCCUGAAAGUGAAAAUGACCUGUUAAGGACCCAAGAAAAUGAACUUCCUGUGCAACUCACUCAGAAUUAAUUUGUAUGGUGUUCCAACAUUAAGAUCAGUGCUAUUUUGCUCUAUGUUAUCAAUGCUUAGGUUUUAAAUUUAGAACUCUGCUUCCAUCAACAACUUGUAACAUUCAGUAUUUGUGCUCAUGUAUCUUGGAUUGAAUUCAGAAUUAGAAUUCAUUGCUGAAUUAUGGAUGCAAAGGACAGAAAUCAUUGCCACUACACAUAGCACCAAGAGCCACGAGGACUAAUAGAACUGGUAGAAAAAUGCUGUUCAAAGAAAAAAUCCUAACUGUUUCUGUCAUUUGAAUACGAUUUUUUAUACAGAGCUUAUCUCACUAGUAAAUGUUAUGCAAUAACUCAUAAGCAUCAAAUAUUUUAUUUUCGCCUCAUUUUUGAGGUAUAAUUACAUAGUCCCAUGACUGUCCAUAAGUAAGAGCACAUUGAUUGCAUUUUUUUUUAGCUUAGAUGAUAUGCUGAGUAGGUUUCAUCAGUUGUCCCAGAAGUAAUGCAAAUCAAUCAAGUUUCCUAUGCACUUUUAUUGCUUCUGGUACAACUGAUUGUUUCUAAGACCCACCUCAUAAUUGUACUGUAGUUUUGUCCCCAUAAAUACAAAUGGCUCAAUAAGGAAAAUUUCUUCAUCUGGCAGAAGAGAAAAGGCAAUUUCUGCCCACUGUACUUUAAGGUUCCGAAGUGACUUUGUUUCUUUACAGUGUUGUAUUAAAGUGUAGCAGUGAAAGUAUUAUUGAAGUUCUCAUUCAAUAAUGAUAGAUUUCAGUAUAAAUAGUAAGUACGUAUUAUCAAAUAAUAAUUGUUUGUAUACUUCAUAAUGCUAAAGUAAUAGUGUGACGAAACUUGCUCCUGAGCAAUAAUUUUCUUAUGGGUGUCCAUAGUAUAUGGAAAUAUUAAUCAAUCAAUGCAUUGCAUCUGUUAAAUGACUGUUAUUAGUAAAUAACAAAUAAUGAUUUUAAAAUAUCAUUCAGGAUUUUAAAAGUAUUUUUUUAUAUAUUUCCUUUUUACUCUGCAUAAUUUUAACUUUAGUUUUUUUUCCCAGUUUGAUAAUAUAUUAAACUAAUUUUAUUAGAAGGUUUCACAGAAUCCAUUUUUAAUUACAUGACAGUGAUAAGUUAUAUGGGAAGUAUAAGUGGAUAGCAACCUUUAUUGCACAUGAGCAAAAAUAGAAUUUCAUUUUCAUUUUUUUGGGAAAACUAGUUGAUAUACAUGGUGUUCCUUGGAAUAAGAGCUUUUUCUUUUACAAUAUUUUUUAACAUAAAAACAACUUUUAUAUAAAAUAUUAUAAUAUGCAAAGCCCUUUUCAAGAGAUAAGUAUUGAAUUUAAAGAAAAAAAAGUGGUAGAAUAGUUGAAAGUCUUAACAUUGCCCAGCAAAAGAGUACUAUAAUUUUAAAAAAAAAAAAAAUAAUCUGUCUUAGCAUUUCUAAAGAACUGAUAACAAGUGAAAGAAAAAUGAAAUCAAAAUGAAGUUGGUUUCAUUGAAAAGGUAAAUUUUUUUUAUUCUAAGGUAAUAGUUUUCUUUAGAUAGUUUGCUUUGAAGUUUUGCAAAAGAGCAAAAUAUUGGCUGAAUUCUUAUCCUCUAUUGUUGUUGAAAUUCUGUUUCGUUUGCCUGCAAGAGCUUUACUUUCCUUGCAGUUUCUGUGGAUUGACUUAUAAUACAUGUUCAAAAUUUGGUUGAAUUUGAUCCAGUCAUUUAGGACGAUAUGUAAAAACAUAAGUGAUUUUUAUUUAUAUUAAGAUUCAAGGGAGUUUUCAAUUUAUGUGCAGUAGUGACUUUUAGUUUUAAAAUUAUCCAUGUUUAAAUUGCGCAGCAUCAGAAUUUAGGGAGUAUAUAAAAAUAAUAAGGCAUUAAUGGGGAUUUUAAUUUUAAGUGAAUAUGUUUUAUUGAUGAUUGAUUAUGAAGCAAAAUUUUGAGUGGGUUUUUGGAUAAUUAUAAUAUUUUUAUUCUUUGCUGAUAGUUUUGAUUUAAAAAAAGAUUCAAUUAUACAAAUGUGUAUUACUACAAAGUUUUUAUUGCACAAUUACCUACUUAUAUUCACCAGCCAUUUCACCUUUCUUUUUAAUAAUAAAGAUAAUGUUUCAGUAAAGUCAAUAAAAUACCAAACUUGCAUUUAAAAUAGUUAUCAUAUUUUAUAUUCAUUUUUAAUUAAAAUUAUUUCAAACUGAAUGUCCUGAACCAAAUAAGCUAUUACUUUAAGGAUAAAAGAUAUAACUAAAAUUUUAACCAUUGAUGAAACAAAUAAAGUGGAACAUUGAUGCAAGUUGAUUUCUUCAUGAGUAUUAAUUUUAAAGUAUUUCUCCUUGAUGAAAGCUUAUUUUUAAUGAGAUCUAGUAACUUUUUAAAGUUAAUUGAAUUAAACAUCUAUAGCAGUUGCCAAGAUUAAAUCUGAAACAAUAUCUACGAUUCCUUGAUGACAUUUUUUGAUUAAACCCGAAUUCAAGGCCCUCUUCAUGAACGUUACAUAAUGACUUUCUCUGCAUCAUUAAAAUCACACACUCAUACCUUUUCUUCACUGUUAAUGUUGAAAACACCAAUUCUGCCUAUGGGAAACUAAAUAACGGAUAGUUUAAAUUAUAUAAACAUCCUGCUUUCAAACAACCGUAGGACUAUUUUGGGACAGACCUCUUAAUUUGAAUUGUGAUUAAAUAACAUAGAUGACUCCUGAGUUUACAUGUACCUCUCCAAACUUCUAGUUCCAAACUUGUGGUUUUAUCCAUUUAGUGAAAUGUAUGGAUUAAAAUAUAUAGGAAGAUUUAAAAUAGUUAUAUUAUUAAAAAAAUUAUUUAAAAAACUUUUCAUGAAUUAUUUUAUUAAUAAAUAUUCUAGAAACCUAUCUAUAAUUAACUAGCUGAACAUAAUAUAAUAAAAUAUAUUAAAACAGUAUGUUUAAGAGGGCUAGAUAGUAAAUGCAUUGCUAAAACUGGUUAGGGAUGAAGAAUGCAACUUAAGCAUUGAUAGCUGUUUUCCUUUGUCUUUUUCAAUUUUCUUUCAAGGAUUCAUCAUAGUGUGGACUUUCACAAAUUGCUGAAUUUUUGUUUUCGUUGAGCUACUGAAGAAAUUGUAAACUAUUCUGGAAAUAUUGCUGCCAUUUAUUAUCGUUCUCUUCUUUUGGUACAUAGCCCUCUUUAGAUGAAAUGCUUAAUUUUUUGUUUUUGCAACUACGAUAGAAGUAUGAGCAGUUUAAUAUUAAUUGAAAGUUUAGAGCUUCUUCUUAUUAAUAAGUAUAUUGUUAUAUUGAGUUAUAUUGAUUUUUCAGGUAUUUAAAAUGAGGAAUGAAAGUUAAAUACUUAUCCAGGACUACAUCUUGAUUCGUAAUUUAUUUCUUCAUGUAAUGAAAGUGUUACUUAUUCAUAAAUUUUGGGAAUAUUAAAUUUUUUUUAAUAUAAUAAUUUUUUUUUUCAUACAUGGGGUGUUAUUUUCCAUAUAUUUAACUGGUCUUUCAACUUGGGAAUGUAGGUUUGUAUUGAUGUAAGGGUUGAUGUAUUGUUUUGGUAUCACCCUACAGCAUCAAUAAGUUCCUUUCAUAUUUAUCACAAUAUCAUCCAGUAACGAAUAAUAUUUUGUCUUGCAUGCUGUAAGA